GGUAGUGGAAUCGAAACCUCCUAACAAAAUACAUACACCACAUAAGAAAACUAAUAGAGCAAACGAAUGUUUGCAGUCCAUUUAGUUAAUCAAGCGAAUGAUUUUUGUGAAAAUUCUGCGGUCUACGAGUGAAAGCGAGCCCUGUAUAUAUACCGAGUUGUGAUUUUUACUAAGUCACAUAUUCCUUCACAUCACAGAACGCACCAUGAGAUUCUUGCUGAAAUUAUUGUUCCUCGUCGGAUUAUUGGCUCUUGCUACCGGAUAUCCAGUCUACGAUAAAGAUGAAGAAGCGGAUCAAGCAGUGAGAUCUCAAAGGCAGGCUUCUGGAGAUAGCUCAGAUCACCACGACGUCGUCGACUUUGGGGCUCAUACAGGAGACCACGGUGCCUUCGGAUGGCACGCCGAUUUCCCGGUCUACACCCAUUAUUAAUACACACCUCGACGUGAUGAAAAGCAAACAUCUAAAAAAAAAAGACUGGAAAACGGAUUACAUUUUCAUUGUUUCAUUUCAUUUAUCAACUAACGCAUUUCCAUUCAUUCGCGUCUAGAGGCGCUAACAACUUGCGAGCUCGUUCAAUUCACAUUAAUUGUGCAGGCUGGCAAACACUCAAUUAACACUCUUCAUUGUUUCAUUUCUUGCAAUUUCAACUGCAAUUAAUUGCAGGCGCAUUCUUUCAUUUCUCCUCAUCAUUCAUUUCUUCUUCUUCUCUUCUAAUCAACUGAACUUCUUCUCUCAUCAUACUCUCUAUUAUCUUCUCUGGCUCCUCUUCACUUUCAUUCCGCUGCAGUGUAUUACGUAAUUUUUGUUAUUUAGUUUUCUA